AUGGGAGCAUUAAUCUGUUGCAUGAGUGAACAAAAUGAAGAAAAGAGCUUGGAAAGGAAUCUCGAAAAGAAAAUAUCUGAGAUAAGAAGAAAUAAAUUUGGACAAAGCAAAUUGAAAUCAAUUGAUACUAUAGUUAUGUUGUUCCCUAUGUUCAAGGAGAGACUAAAAACUUUAAGGGGAAUGUUUCAACAAUAUGAUGAGGACUCUAAUGGAUCCAUAGAGCCGGAUGAACUGAAAACUUUCUUACAAGAUUUGGAACUUCAUCUUCAAGAGAUUGAGAUUGAGAAUAUUUUUCAGUAUUGUGAUAUUGAUGGAAGCAAAGGGAUUCAGUUCAAUGAGUUUAUUGUUCUUCUAUGCCUCAUUCAUGUCCUAACGGAACCUUUAUCCUCCGAUGAUACACCAAAGGCGGAGUUAGCACAGAUAGGAGAAGUUUUUGAUACAAUAGUUGAAAUAUUUCUGUUUUUCGAUAAAAAUGGUGAUGGGAAGCUUAACAAGAAGGACAUGAUGAGAACAAUGAAUGAGACUAACCCUAAAGAAAGAUCUCCUGCACACGUCACCAAAAACAGAUUCAGAGAAAUGGACUGGGACAAGAACGGACAAGUCACAUUUCGGGAAUUUCUCUUCGGUUUCAUUAAUUGGGUUGGAAUUGAUGUUGAUGAAUAG